GAGCGGCGAUGGCGACGCCGCGCGCUCUCGCCCUCGCCUGCCUCCUGCAAGCCGGAUCGGCGCUCUUCGCCGGCCAGGGCUGCUUCGUGAAACCGGAAUGGAACGUGGAACUAGCGUGGCCGGAAACCCGCAUUAGCGUCUGGUCAAGUCCUGGUCACACAUCCAGUAUCUUCGAACUGCAGGUGCACUUCAAGAACACUCUGAAGUCUUACGAUAGACUGAUCAUCACUCCCCAGCAGAUCAGACUGGAGAGGACGCGGGACAUUAUGCUCCAGGAGACCCUGCGGUUUGACUUCGAGGCUUCCUCUGGCGAAGGGUGGCGAGAGUACGUGUUCUCGGCGAGGGAGGAUUACGUCCUCACCUCCGUCGGGCACAAGAAGACCAUCUCGAUAAAUACAACGAAAGCCUUCCAUCCCGACUCCGUCUCUGUCAAAGGCAGCAACGUUACUCUAAAUUGCCAGUCCCGUGUCCGGGUGUGGCGCGUGACGGCAGACCCCGUCACUGUCCCCUUGGACGGAUCCGGGAGGUACUCGAUCAGCGUCUUCUCGAACCAAGACAUUUCUCCGACCUUCACUCUGGACAAGGAGAGGAUCCCUCUCUCGUGGGCCCGACCUGGUCUGGUCGCCGGCAACGACACUGGCCAGGCCCUCCCGCGCUUCCUGCAGCACAACAUGACCUUAUCGUGCUCCCGAGAAGGCAACGCGAAGUCUGUUUGUAGCGUGAAGACUGAGACAUCCGGUUUCCAGCUCUACCUGAACAAGUACCCGAGAUUCCUAGGGGUAGAGGGUCGUGUUGGCAACGAAUUCUUCCUCCUUUUACAGCAAGACGAAGCUCAGAUCCUUCCGUGUUCCAGCCACGACUUCGCCAUCGCAACAUACGUCCUGGUCGCAGUACUCGUUUGGGUGUUGUUUGGAACUGGAAUCAUAGCUUGCCGUCUGGUGAUCUCUAAAAAAAACAAUCGUAAAUGGAAACCUCGAGACACAGAGAAUGCUGCAGAGGAACGAAAGCUUUUGAGUUCAGACAAUUCUGUCUCACAAGAGCGUGAGUCGAAAAGAGAUUCAAGUCAAGUCAUAAAAAACAACCCAGAAGAUUUCGAAUUGACCCAGAGACGAGAUUGCUCCCAAAAGAAUGUACAAAUAAAAGAAGCCGUGAAGACCUAUAGGAAAUGCUUAGACGAAGUAUUCGCUUUAGCAAGAGAAGGUAAAUACCAAAAUGGAGUCGACAUUUGCCUGCGUCGACAUGAACUCAUGGGAACCGUGAGGGACGAGGAAGGGAAGUCCAUUCUUCAUUACAUCGCCUCCUGUAAAGCCGGGAAUAAUGCACCAGUGUGGACGAUUCCUGCUUUACAUGAAUUCAUGAAAGACCAUAACUGUCUCCCAAACGCGGUUGAUUAUAAAGGACGUACUUGCCUUCAUGUCUUGGCCGACGCUGCCGAAACUUCGAACGGUGAAGUCUCUUGGGACGGCGAGGCCACCACCCCGAAGGAGGCGUGGCUGAGACUGGCCGGGACUCUCAUGGAGCUAGGCUGCGAUCCCCGGCGAACAGAUGGCGCUGCUCACAGGCCUGGAGACAUUGCCAGGAUGAAGAAGAAAUUGGAAUUAGCUAACUGUUUUGAAGAGAGAUGCACAGAGGAGAUGCCACAAAGCGAGGUAGGUGAUACGCAAGCCAGCAUCCUAGAGGCAGUUCGCAAAGGUGACUUCCAUCUACUGGAGAAAAAGCUGUUCCUGUGCCAAUCGUUACUGCCCUUAGACGCCCAAGCUGACCCUCUGGCAGAGGCGGUGAAGUCCGGCAGGCUGAGAACCGUGAUGCUGCUCCUGAGUGCUGGUGCGCAGCUUUGCGGUCUGCCGCUCGUGUCUGUCACGCCCCUGAAAGCCGCGCACAUGAAUCCAGAUCUCCCCGUCCACCUCCCCGCUCUCAUGAGGAAGGAGUAUGCCAGCAGGCUCCGAUACGAGGCUCAUAGUAUUCCAGCGGAGCCUGAAGGCGCUGACCGAAUAAGGAAACUGAUCGAACUGCUUGCAGACGACGUGGAAUCAACGGGCCACAAAGCCUCCUGGUGCUUCACAAAACAGUCGCCAGAUGGGAGUGCAGAGGGGAGGGAGGCUCGAGAACUCCUUUGUGCGGCAGCCGGCUUUGGUCUUCCUCUCACGUGCCAAAUGCUGGCUUCGGAGGGCGUCCAGCUCCACCCUCUGCCGCGGGAGCCAAACCCGGUCCAAAGAGCAUACGAUAAGAAGCAAAUAAACGUACUUUUGGUGUUGUUCAGAGACUUGCGCAUGUCAGCGUUUGCCAUAAUGGAUAAGAUGGAAAGAUUAGAUUUAUAUAACGAUAUUGAGGCUCUUGAAUUUCAGAAGCUGAGAGAAUUCUGCAAGAAAACUAAGAAUGAUUACAACAUCCUUGUUAAUCAGGUUAGGGAAGCUUGUACUGGGAAGCACCGAGGUGAGAUAGACAAAAAUAUUUUACUGUGCAUAUCCAUUCACGGACUAGUCUGUAUCUUCCAUAAGAUCAAGUCGUAUAUAAAGGAUUUUAAUGUUAUUGUUGACGACUUAACAGGAUCUACAAUGCUACACAUAGCAGCAGUGCAUAAUCAGAUUCAAAUGGUGGAGUGUUUGCUCUCUAAUGGUGCUGAUUUACACGCUAAAACAAAAGCAGACCUCACUGCCCUGCAUUUGACAGCUAGCCUGGGAAAUAGAGCUGGCAUGGAAUAUCUCUGUGACUAUAUUAAGUCCCAAGACAUUGAGAUGGAGAUGAUUAAUACAGCUGGUAUUUCACCCCAACAGCUGGCUGAUGGUUAUGACGAGCUGUUGGAGGACUUUAGCAUGGUGUUGCUUCCAGAGGAACAAGCGCUGGAAAUUCUAAGCCUACCGUAUGCUUCAC